AUGAUCGAUUUAGCUAUUGUAUUGCUAUGAACUGUUUGCUUCUUUUAUUUAUACACAAGCUAUGGAUUCCUAUAUAUUAUUGGCUGAAGCAUUAUUACAUGGGCAACUCUGAACUGGAUGCCUUUAUUAUUCGGCUACGAAAGGGUAAGUGGAUCAGACGGAAUUUGGCUUCUUGACUCUCCUACAAACAAAAUGUUCAUCACAAGCAUAGGGAUAUUAGAAAGGAUCACUGCAGACCAGAUGAAAGAUAUUGUUAGAGCUUCCCAUGAGUCUGAAUCUCGUGCUAAGAAAGUAAUAAAAUUAUUAUUUUGAAGAUUUUAUUGAAAAAAAGAUAAAAAUUACAAUUUCGAUAACCAUUUUGAAACAAUUUCAAACAAAAUGGAUAAAAAUGAUUUUCAGCAACUUGUGAACUCUUUAGUCACUAAAGAACUUGACCCGAAGCAUCCUCCACACAAAGUUAUUUUUGUAGAGAAUUAUGAAAACGACUCUUCAGCAUUUAUUCUAAGAUUUCAUCAUGCUUUUGCAGAUGGAUUAUCAAUGGUUUCUAGAGUUGUUUGGCCAAGUGAUGAAGGAUCAGAUAAGAUCUUUUUCCAACCUCCGAGACCUACAUUUUUAAAAAGUAUUUUUCUAUGGACUUUGGCAGUGAUAUCGCUGCCUUAUUCUGUAAUUUCUUUGGCUCUGCUUAAAAUGAAUAAAAAUAAACUUCAUGGAAUGCCGUUGACAGGGAAAAAGACAAUGUACUGAACAAAUGAUAUGCUUAUUUAGAUAUUUAGCAUCAGACUGAGUAUUAUUAUCAAAUUUUUUUCUAGAUAAAUACUAAUGAUAUUUCGCAUUUCUAUAUAUUUCUUUUCAUAAAUCGGUAUAUAAACUUUUCUGAUGUAGGUGCUAUAUGCAAAAAAAGAAAAAUUACUUUUAAUGAUUUCCUGACUGCCAGUGUUAUUCAAGCAUUAAAUGAGUAUGCUGGAUGCGACUUAGGAGAACUGGUUAGCUAUAUUCCAUUUAGCUUACGAGGUCAGCCGACAGAUGGGACUUGCUUACCAUUAGAAAACGAUUUUGCUGCUUUGCUUGUUAGGCUGCCUAAAGGAGAUUUUGAAACUCUACUAAAUAAAUGCUCAAGUCUCUUCAAUAAGCUUAAAAGCUCUUUACAGCCAUUCUCUAUUAUGCUUGCUAUGAAAUUAAUGGGGAAAAUAUUACCUCCUUCUUUAUCAAAACAAAUUAUGUAUUUUUUUGCGAAUAAGGCAACACUUUUAUUUUCCAAUGUGCCUGGACCAAAGAAAGAGGUGAGAUAUAAAGGAAAAUUAAUGAGAAGAGUAAUAAGCAUGAGCCCUACAAUUGGAACUAGUGGGAUUUCUAUUACAUCUUUUAGCUAUAAUGGGUACUUUUUACUCCCUCUCUCCUUGUGCGGACAAAACCAUUGGAAAUCCUUAUUUUAGGGUAAAAACCCAGCUAACAAAACCUUUUUAUAAAAAUAUUUUGAUGUAUAAGCGAUAAUUAUUAUAGUAAAACCUCUCGUCAUUCUAUUUAAUUUUAAUCAGCUUGCAUUAAACCAUUAAUUUUACAAAAUAAAAUUAUUAUUUGUUUUAAAAUUAUUUCAAAUAGGAUUUUUUUCAAAAAUUAACCCCCCUCCUUGAUCGAAUAAAGUUUUUUUGGUUCGCCCACGGAGAGGGAAGGUUAGUAACUUGUUAUGCUGAUGUUGCAGCAAUGCCUGAUGUGCAAGCAUUCAUCAAGAUCGUGGAGAAAAAUAUCUUAGAAGAAAUUAGCACCUUAAAAUAA